AUGGCGGGGUGGCUGAGUUGCGCAGGGUCGUCGAGGAAACGGGGCUGCGGAUCAACGCUCAGGAAGAGCGGAUUACCUCGUCGCUGUUGUGGCUCCAGUCCGACACGACCCUCCCUCACGACGCAAUUGCAGGCGCACGACGGGAAGAUAAAGUACCUCACGGAGAACGUGGCAAAGGUGCGAACGGACGCUAGAUCCAACACGAACCAAUUGGACAAGGUGACGAGGACCGCACAGUCGUGCGAGGAACGGGCGAACGAUCUCGAGGCAACGGUGUCGAGGCUGCACAGCGACCUGGUCGAACUCUCGAGAACUGACGGAUCAGCGCUGACAUACGUGAGCAUCGACAGACCGCCCGUAACGGGAAAAGAGGUUGCAACUGGUGCGCGAGUUACACGCGCUAGCGCGAAGAAACUUUCCUCGUCGUCGUGUGAUCGUACGCGGAUACGACGACCUGUGGCAGGCGGAUCUGGUCGACGUGCAGUCGUACGCGCGGCAGACAGAGGCUACCGCUACAUACUGACGAUCAUCGACGCGCUGAGCAAGUACGCGUGGGCGGUACCUCUCAGGCGUAAGUCCGGAAGCGAGGUGGCCGAGGCGCUCGCUCGGAUAUUCCGCGACGACCACAGGUGUCCGCGGAACCUGCAGACCGACGAGGGCAAGGAAUUCUACAACGCGCAGGUACGAGAACUAGCACGUAAAAACGGUAUAAAUCACUAUUCCACGCACUCGAUAAUGAAAGCCUCGAUAGUGGAACGCUUCAAUCGGACGCUGAAGAAUGAAAUGUGGAAGGUGUUUACACUCAAUGGAUCGUACGAGUGGGCAGACGCGUUAUCGCGCCUCGUGCGAGAGUACAACGCUCGCCGACACCGCGCUAUCGCUAUGCGGCCGGUCGACGUCACGCCAGUCACAGCUGCUCGACUACUGUCCACUGUUUACAAGCGCGUGAAGAUCGCCGCGCCAGCGAAAUUCCGUGCAGGUGAUACGGUGCGCGUGAGCAAGUAUAAAACCGUCUUCGCGAAGGGCUAUACGCCGAAUUGGACCACGGAGGUGUUUAAGGUAGCGAAAGUACAACGGACCAAUCCCGCGAAGUACUUGUUGGAGAACUAUCGCGUUAAUCCGAUCUCCGGCGGCUUCUACGAGCACGAGUUACUCAGAGCCCGUCAUCCGGACGUUUAUCUCGUGGAAAAGGUGCUGCGGCGAAGAGGAAACGAUGUGUACGUCAAGUGGCUCGGAAUGGACGCGUCGCAUAAUUCUUGGAUCAAUAGGGACAAUGUGCUGUGA